AAUUGGCGUCAACUAUUAGGAGGAGUUUUAUGCACAAAUACUCACGAUGUUUUCAAAGAAAACUGAGGAUAAACUGAGUGAAAUGGCUGACUGGAAACCACCAUCACAGACACCAGGAGAGGUACUCGAAGAGGAGUGCCAAGAGUAUGCAGAGACCAGGAGGAGUCUUAAGAAGGAUGUAGAGGAACUUCAAGAGAUAAUCCAGGCUAUGAUGCAGGAGAAUGAGAAGCUGCCAGACACGGAGAAGCUGGAGCUGCUGGAGUUUAACCUGGACGUGGACGAGCUACAGAGACUCCAAGAACUAGGAGAGCAGGAGGUUGCCAAGGUGAGAGAGGAGAUUGAGCUGGAGAACCUGGCAAAAAGUUAUCAGCGUGACGUUCUCAAGAAAAAGUACUGGGACUCCCUGAGCGUGAAACAGAAGGCCAUUAAGGCCUUCCACUCAGGGUGUGAAGUGGAGAACUUUCCCAUGAAUGAACGGACAGUAAAGGAACUAGAAGAGCUUUCCAGGGUAGAGGCCAUUCGAGAGAUGGAAAAGGCCGACACUAGUGCACCAUUAGAGAAAGAUGAGAAGAUUAAAUGGCUUGACGUGGAGAGCUUAGAGUUUACAGGUAGUCUGAGCGCUCAAUAUGGAGGUUCCAACCCUCACCUGUACAGCCAGUUCGAUCUGCAUACAAGAGAUCAGAAGAUGAACCAGAUCAUCCUGCUACAGGAUGUUAUUUACAAAGUGAAGACAGCUUUCAAUACAGAGUUUGAGGCUGUGUACAAACAGAAGGAGCAAGAGAUCAGCCGCAUAAGAGACAGGAACAAGCGCAUUGCAGAUAUUAUGAGUAAGCUGGAGCUGCAGGAGACCCUAUGGGAGCCCACACUGUCCGACAACGAGAGACCAGAGAGAGCUCUCACUGUCUCUGACUCUGAGAUCAAGGUUGAGAAAUACCUGACACCUGAGCAGAGGCAGAGAGAGGAGGAGCAGAGAAAGGAAGAGGAGCAGAGGCGGCUUAGAGAAAAGGAGGACGAUAGCAGAGCGCGAGCUUUGGAUGAAAUGAUGGGUGGAAUUCUCAAGGUCAAAAAAGUGGACAUCCUGAAAAUGGAAGUGCCAGCACCAGAAUUUAUAGUUAAGCCUGAGCUCGAGUGGACAGAUGAGGAAAAAAAAAGCUACAAAGAAUAUGAAACACAAGUAAAGAAGCUCAGGGAAGAACAGACAUUGUAUAGACAGAUCUUGGAGGAAAGAAUAAAGAAACUGCAGGCAUCCAUUAAUGAAUCCACCCAGGCCUUUGAUGAAAUACUGAGCAAGCUAUAUGAAAGAAAACUGAAGUCAGAAAUGGCUAUAUACCAGGCAAAACUAAAGAUCGUCAAUCUGCUCCGUUCUAUAAUAAUUGAGGAAGAGAUGCUGGACAGAGAGGAAGAGCUGAUCUACGAACUAGAGGAGGCCAGAGCCAUUGAGAAUGAAAUUAGGAAGAGAUUGAAUAAUCACAGAGAGGAUGUAGAGGCCUUUCAAGAGACGUAUGAUAACACAGUCGCAGAAGAUAAACUUCUUGACAGGAGAUUUCGCAAAGAAUUUUGUGAUGUCCCUAGACACAUUGUUGACCAGCUCUACAAGCUUUACAAGCGCAGACCCAGGAUUCAGAUUAUGAGAGCACUGACAGACAAGGCAGGCUCAUUAAAGGAAUCUCCUGUGUUGAGUCAAGCAGCAACAGAAGGACUCUCUCAGAUAAUGAAGGCCAUGGAGGAGUUAGAUGCGCCACAGAACAUGCCUGAGGGUCUGGACCCAGCCGUGUGGGAGAGAUUCUGUCUGGCAAGAAGGACCAAAGUGGAGAGUGAGCAGAAGGUGAAAAUGAAGGCGCUGGUGUUAGCAGAGAAGCUGGCUUCUCUGCAGAAGAUAACAGACGAGGAACAGAAUGCAAAAAUGGAAUUCAACAAACUUGUUGAUGAGCUUAAUUGCCUGCGAGUAGAGAGGUCGACGUUGUGCUCCAAUGUUAUGGUACAGCUCCUGUUAAAACAGGGCCAGGUUGAGGUGGAGAAUGAAGAUUUUGCUGCAGACUACUCAGACUCUUUGUUGCUACACCGUAAUGUUGUGGAAGACCUGAAUAGCACCAUCAGGGCUUUAGGAAAGCAGAAGAUUGCCAGCAUGGUGGAGUGCAAAGAUCUUCGUAAAACAAUUAUUCAGAAGGAAUGGGAGUAUAAGAGGAUGAGUAUGCAGAUUGAAGAUCUCAGAAACAAAGCCAGAGACAUUCAGAUGCUGCAUCUGUCUCGGGAAGUCUUAGAGUACCUAACAGAGCCAGACAGUGACUUCAGAAUCUCCAAGAAGGUGUCUUCAAUGGAGAAGACGAUAGCAUUGGAAGAGAAGACUCAUAGAAAGAAUGUCAAGAACUGUAAGAGGAUGAUAAAGGAGCUGAACAAACAAAUCGAAGAGAAGAAAGAGAUUAAUGCAGCUUUAGAGCUGCAGUUGAAAAACAUGCAAGUGACUGUUGCAGAAAGAAGGAACAUCUAUGAGGCCCGAGCAUGGGAAGAGAUUCAAGAGCGUAAAGCUAAGCAACGCUGUCGAAACGUUCUGCAGAGGAGGAAACUUGUGGACUUGGCCAAAGCACAGGAUAUGGAAAUAGCCGCACUGAGCACUGAGCUGAAAAGCGUGCGCAUGAAGACAUUUCCUGCUUUUUCUUAAUAAAAACAUACAGUAUCUUUUCAUGUGACAGCACUGAAGACAUGACACUCUGCUACAAUGUAAAGUAGUGAGUGUACAGCCUGUAUAACAGU